AUGAGCCCAUUAAAUCGGUUGUUUUACCCCCAAGAAAACUCACAAAAAAUUAUUCUUCCACAAAUGAUAUGUUGACACUUAAUGAUGAAAUAUCGAAAAUUGAUAUGCUAGAAAAUCCUGCAGAUACUAUGCAGAAAUCAGAGAACCCUGUUGAUAAUAUGAAACAGCCAGAGAAUCCUGUUGGUAAUAUGCAGCAAUCAGAGAAUCCCGUUGAUGUGAUGCAAAAGCCUGAUAAUAUGCAGCAACCAGAGAAUCUCGUUCAAAAUAUACAGCAACCUGAAAAUCUUGUUGAUAAUAUGCAGCAACUAGAAAUUAAAGGCCUUGAACUGGAAUCAUUAGAAAUUAAAGACCCUAAACUGGAAUCAGCAAAUUCUUUUAACGCUAAAGGAAGAAGUAUAUUUCGAUCAG